AUGAGCGAGUCUACCGCCCCUUCCGCCGAGGCUGAGGCGUCUACCUCUACCGAGACCAAGCCGGAGAUCAAGCAGGAGAAGGAUGUCAUCGUAUUCGACGAGCCCCUGCCUACUGUCGAGGGCAAGUCGGCGGAGGAAGUGCAGAUCCUCUUGAACGGUGCUUCCAAGCAGAUCAACUUCUACUUCUCCGACGCCAACCUUCCCAUCGACCGAUACCUCUUCUCCCUCACAUGCUGCAACGACCCCAUGUACGGCUGGGUCCCCAUCAAAACCCUCAUCUCCUUUGCGCGCAUGCGGGAUCCGUACCAGGGCCUCGGCGUACCCUUCGUCGCGUACGCUCUCAGGCAGACGAUCUCGAAGGAGGGGCCAAACCCACUUUUGAGCGUCAGCGAGGAUGGAGAGAACGUGAGGCGGAUCAAGCCGAUGGAGAAGGAUACCGCUGGAGCUUGGGCGCGGAGCGUGUAUGUGAAAGGAUUCGGGGAGGAGGUCAAGGAAGGUCAGGAGACCCAGACGAAGAUCCUGCAGUACUUUGAGCAAUUUGGCGAAAUCAACGCGGUCCGGAUGAGGCGGGAGGACAAGGAGGGGUCGGGCGCGGGGGGCAAGGGCAAGGGAGCGUUCAAGGGGUCGGUCUUUGUCGAGUUUGCCACGCAGCAAAAGGCGGAGGCGUUCCUCGCGAAGGAGUCUAUCGAGAAGUACCUCCCCGAUGGACCCGAGAUGAUCAAGAUGUCGAAGCAACAAUACGUCGACAUGAAGACCGAGGAGCGCAAGGCGAAGGGCUUGCCUAUCGACAACUUUUCCAACCCAGCUGGAAAGCCCGAGAAGUUCAACGCGUUCCGUGAGCUCGACAAGCUGCGCAAGGGUCAGACCGCCAACCUCGCCCCCAUCCCCGAUGAGGUGGCUAUUGUCGGCAAGGCGAUUCCCGUUUCUGUUGAGAGCCUCAAGCGGAGGAGGGAUGAUGGGGAUGGGGAUGACCGUCAGGCUAAGAGGCAACAGACGACUGAGCCGUUCGAGCUCGAGUACCUGGGCGCUAUGCUCAAGUGCGACCGCGCGACCGGCAAGGUCCUCGAUCCCUCCAGGAUCCCAUUUCAGCCCAAGUCGGCUUUGAAGUUCACGGGUGCGGGCGAGAAGGCAGAUUGGAAGGAUCUCAAGGCCCAGAUCAUGGGUCCCGGAGGUAUCACCGAGCCCUUCCUCGCUGCGCCGCCCAAGGAGCAGGGGGGCCGUCUUGCCAAGAAGGACAACGGGUCUUUUACCGACGUGGAGUUGGAGAAGCUGAGGGAUGCGAAGCUCACCUAUGGUGGUGUACAGGUUACUUGGGACCACAUGACCACCGAGGAGCUCCAGGACUUCUGGGCCACCCGCGCCAGCUUCCAAGGUGGCGCCCAGUCGGCCAAGAACAACGAGCGGGACGUCAACAAGCACCACGGUGGUGGUGGGCGCGGUCGAGGCGGGCGGGGUGGCGGUGGUCGCGGUGGCGGAAGGGGUGGCGGUGGACGGGGAGGUCGAGGAGGAAGGGGCGGACGGGGCGGUAACAGGGAUAGGGAGAGGAACGAGGGUGGUGGUGGUGGGGUGCCACCUACGCUUGCGUCGGGAUGA